AACCCCUCACUUUCAACACAAAUCGUCAACCUUUUCAUAAUUGAUUAGUUAUUACACUCUCUCCACUUACUAGUUACUAUAAAGGGAAACCAAAGGAGACCAAAUCUCUCAGCAAUUAUGAAUUUGGUCUUCCCUAUAAUCUUAAGUCUCUCUCUCCCGUAACAUUAUUUAUGGACUAUGAUCCCAAUACCAACCCUUUCGACCUUCAUUUCUCCGGCAAACUUCCGAAAAGAGAAGUCUCGGACUCAGCUUCUGUAGAUGUAGAGAAGAAAUGGUUAGUGAAAGAUGAGAAGAGAUAUAUGUUACAAGAGGAGAUAAACCGGGUUAAAUCGGAGAACAUGAAGCUAAACGAAAUGUUAGCAAUAGUCUGUGAGAAGUACUAUGCUCUUAAUAAGCUUUUGGAGGAGUUGCAGAGUCGAAAGAGUCUUGAAAAUGUUAACUUUCAGAACAAACAGUUAACGGGGAAACGAAAACAAGCGCGGGGUGACUUUGUUAGCUCCCCAAUUGGACUCAGUCUCGGAACUAUCGAGAAUAUCACUACCGAUAAAGCGACGGUUUCAACCGCCUACUUUGCUGCUGAGAAGUCUGACACAAGCUUGACUGUGAAAGAUGGAUAUCAAUGGAGGAAAUACGGGCAAAAGAUUACGCGAGAUAAUCCAUCACCUAGAGCUUACUUCAGAUGUUCGUUUUCACCGUCUUGUCUAGUCAAGAAGAAGGUUCAACGAAGUGCAGAAGAUCCAUCUUUCUUGGUAGCCACUUACGAAGGGACACAUAACCACACCGGCCCACAUGCAAGUGCGUCGAGGACAGUGAAACUUGAUCUAGUUCAAGGUGGUCUUGAACCAAUUGAGGAAACGAAAGAGAGAGGAACGAUUCAAGAGGUUUUGGUGCAACAAAUGGCCUCUUCGUUGACCAAAGAUCCUAAGUUCACUGCAGCUCUUGCGGCUGCUAUUUCCGGGAGAUUGAUAGAGCAUUCAAGAACAUGAAAUUUCUGUUGAACAUGUAUAUUUUUGUUUUGUUCUAUUCUAUUGCUCAUCCCUAGUAAAAGGUAAAUGAUUUUGGAUUGGAUCUUGAUUAGGUGGCAUAGACGUCAAGUUUAAUGUGUAUAUAAAUUACAUCAAAUCAAAGUAUCCAAAAAGGACCAAUGCGAUUUUUCUUUAUGUCAAAGGAGUUUUGUUA